AUGGAGGUGGACGUGGGUGAAGGUGAACAAAAAAACGAACGCGUUCAGGAAUCAAGUGAGAAAAUAAAGCGCCAGAUGCAGUCGUCGAUUCAAAAUGUGAUGCCAGCGGUCGCUAGAAAUGUACAAGUUCUUGGAGUGUUAGCAUCCCAAAGUUGUCCAAUUUGUUUUGACACCUGGUCAAACUCAGGUUCUCACAGGCUAUCAUCUCUCACUUGUGGGCAUCUCUUUGGAAGAAGCUGCAAUGAAAGAUGGUCAAAAGCCAAGGGAGGAAAUAAUAAAUGUCCACAGUGCAAUGCACCAGCAAGAAAAAUAGACAUAAGAAAUAUAUACACAAAAGCCAUCAAGGCUAUAAAUACAAAAGAAUGUGACAGGGCACUGGCAGAUCUGGAGAAGGAGAAGGGAGCUUGACAGAAGGCAGAAGAGAGAGAGGCUCGUGCAUUGCUGCAAUACCAAUUGGCAAGAGCUGAAUGUGAGAGAAUUGUUGAACAACUCAAAAGACAAGAGCAGCUGGUUGUCAGUUUACAAAGGGAAAGGUCCAGCUCGUGCUCUCAGUGCAGCUCAGAAUCUCAGGGGGCAUCAACAGCUGUAAGAACAUUUGGGCAAAGCACCUCUAGUCAGAGGUUACUGUCAAGGAAAUCAUAUGUUCUACAAACGUCUUUUCAAGUUUCACAGAAUGGAGCAAGAGUGAUUUCUUUUGAUCAACACCAUGCUGUACUAGUUGUGUCCAAGCCUUCACCAAACCAGCUCUUUCCUGGAUUUGGUGUGGUAAAGGUGAGCUCUUUAGAUUCAAAGCAUUGUGAGUUUGUGCGCAUUCACCAGAAGGCCGUCCGUGAUGUGGCAUUUAACAACAGAGGUGAUGGUUUAUUGUUGACAGCAAGCAUGGACAAGACUGUCAGGGUCACCAGUAUGCUGAGCAAUGCUGUUGUACAGACUUACAAUACACCAGUUCCUGCUUGGUCAUGUGCUUGGAAUGAAGAUGACACCAAUUACAUCUACUGCGGGCUACAGAAUGGCACUUGUCUUAUUUUCGACAUAAGAAACACUGAAACUUACCUGAAGAGUAUUCAGAAUACAACAGGGGGUUCCUGUCCUGUCAUUGCCUUGGCUCAUGUGUCAUCAGACCCUCAUGGUGCCCUGAGACCUGGAGGAAUUCUUGUUUGCAAACUUGAAGGAGCUUCUUUCUGGGAAAAAACACCUGGAGCUGAUUUUGUCCCCCAUUGCCUAACUCUUCCUGAAGGGUCUUGCACCAGUUUAUCCUUUGAGCCAUCAACUCGUCAUUGUUUGUUUUCUCUUCGCCCCUCCAAGAAAUUCCCUCAAACAAGACAUUUGGUUUGUCAGUUGCAAGGUAAAGGUGUGGGUGUAUCAAUGGCCCGAGCUCAAGCAGAAAGAGCAGGGAAUAUGGAGGAUGGUGAGGAUGAUGCCAGCCUCUGUACCUGUCAAGCUGUCAAUCAAUGUGUUGGCGGCCCAACACAAAAGCUUCUCAGCAAAUCCAGGUUAUUCACUUGUCCUGAUGAUUGCAACACUCUGAUGGUGGCAGCUGGUGAUGAGAGCCUCUCAUCGACUUUGAUAUGGAAUGGCAGCAAUGGAAACCAGCUGCAGAAACUACCCAACCAAGGAAAAGAGAUAUUAGAUGUUCUUCCCUUUGCUGGCAAUGGAAAUGACUAUCUGGCUACAAUUGAUGAGCAGAAAUUAAGUGUUUACAAAUGGACGAAUGUAUAAAAAAUUAUGGAUGAAUUCUGAAUCACUCAAAGAACCCUUUUUUUUGUGUACCAAUGUGUUGUAAGAUCUGUGUCUACAAUUGUACAUUAAAGGCUAUGGGAAGAGAAGAAAGCAAACAAGUUCUAUGGAAUCUGCAGCUUAAUUCUUUUGUGUCCUUUGGGGAGGAGAAUGCUAAUCUGCAGAGCUGAAGGUACUCUUUCAAGCACACCACCAAAUAUUUCUAAGGGAAUGAGAAGAUGAUUGAAGUAUGUCAGUGGGACAAACUGCUGUUGUAUUGAUGUUCAGAACAGGACUGCUGGAAUGGUGAAAAGUGUUAAGAAAACAACAGCUCAGUGCUGGUCCAUAAAGAUGGAACAGAUUAUCCAAAUUUUAUGAAUAUCUCUAAUGUAUUAAACUGUGAAUAAGUUGUUCAAGUUCUUGCAUUUAUCACUCUAUGUUAAUCUUGUUUCCAUUAUUAAAGAAUGUAAUUUUUGGAUUCAA